AAUGACAGGGUGGUGCUCAGCAUUUGCUUUGCAUGAACAGAGAAGUUCAUGCUGAGCAAAUAUUUGCUAUCAAGAAAGAGGGAUUGUAGGAUUUGAAUAAGCAGUUGGUCUACCAAGGGCCUAAAAGAGGCAGCAUGGAGGCUCCUUUGGUGUUUCUCCUCAUCAUAUCGGUGUUGUCCUGUGCACCAGAUGACGUGCACAGCCAGGGUAUAUCCGCCUCUGAGAACCCAAUACCUGUGGGCAGAAAUGUCACACUUUUCAGCCAAAACCAAGUCAACACAGGAGCAUGGCUCUUCAACAAUAACAUCAUUGUCAUCAUCUUUCCUGGAAAUGCCGUCGUAGCCACGGAAUGGACGGGCAAGGUUACGUUCGAUACAAACACCUCAUCUUUGACCAUAAUGUCACUGCAGGUGGAAGACUCUGGGACGUACACGUUACAAGACGUGGGUUCUAAUGCUUCGCAAUUAGUGCUGUCAGUCCAAGAGCCAAUCACAGGCGUGACCCUGAUGGCAAACGAGAGCAACCUGGUGGAGUUCAAUGAUACCGUGGUGCUCACCUGUGCCGUCUCCACGGGCACGUCUUUGUCCUUUACGUGGCUAAACAUCACCUCCGAGGUGACAGCCGACGGAAACGUUCAAAUCAGCGAGGACGGCUCUCAGCUGACCAUCGUUCAAGUAACCCGCUAUGACCAGGGCCCGUUCAAGUGUAACGUGUCCAACGGCAUCAGCCAGGGAAUCAGUUUGCAAGUCUCUUUUGACAUCAGCUACGGCCCGACAAACCCAAAAGUGUCAGUCACCCCCUCAAAGGACACCCACAUCACGGGGUCUGACAUCACCCUGUCAUGCUCGGCUGAGUCCAAGCCCAACGCAACCAUCCAGUGGCUGGUCAACGAGGUGAACAUCAACCACUCUGACCCACAGCUUGAACUCACCAACGUCACAGAGAGCCACUCGGGGGACUACCAGUGUCUCCUCCACAACAGCGUCACAUCCAGGUUCAUCAGUGCAACUGCGAUGAUCAGCAUCAUGGCGCCAAUAACAGCAGUCAUGGUCAACCGCACUGGCGGACCAGCAAUCGCCCAGGAGCCCUUCACCCUCAUGUGUCAUGUGACCGGCGAGGUGCACCUCAUUCAGUGGUGGAUGAACGGUGACCUGGUGUCUGCUGACAACACCACAGUGUUUGGUGUGGGCAACAAGACGCUGACUCUUAGCCCCGCCCAGCCCUCAGAUGCCGGGGAGUAUCAGUGUCGGGCUUAUAACGCCGUGAGCAACAUGACCAGCAGCCCCUACACUGUGGAAGUCUACUACGGCCCAUCCACGCCAGUGAUCAUGGCGCCCUCCUUGGCCCUGACCGAGACACAGGUGGUCCUCAAUUGCUCCAGCGCCUCCCACCCUCCUAGCCAGCAUACGUGGUACUUCAACAACACCAUGGUAGCCAACACCGCCGAGUAUCAGGCGGGUCCGCUGCACUUGAACAUGAGCGGGACAUACACCUGCAUGGCCUUCAACAGCAUCACAGGGAAAAACAGCACGGCGGACCACAUGCUCACUGUUUUGGAUCCGGUGACAAUGGCCUCUAUAACGAACGUGGAGCCUCAUCCCAUCCUGAACCACACGUUCACGCUAACCUGUGAGACAAAAGGGAACGUGGACUACAUCACCUGGUCGCACAACGGCACCAUGUUGUAUUCUGACGGCACGAGAAACAUCUCCAUGGACAACACCACCCUCACCUUUGACCCCAUCCUGAUGUCUCACAAUGGGAGUUACAGCUGUGUCGCGUCCAACCCACUCAGCAGCUUAGCCAGUGAAAAUUUCAACCUGGCUGUCAUAUAUGGACCCGGAAUGCCAACCAUCAUAGGAGACACUGUGGCGCUGGUGGAAAGCAGCGUGGCACUCAGCUGUAGCGCCGCGUCAAACCCUCCCAGCGACUACAAGUGGUAUUUUAACAACACCAUAGUGGCCAAUACCUCUGUGUAUGAAACACCUCCUCUUACCACUGACAUGAGCGGGACGUACACCUGCAAGGCCCAAAACGCCAUCACUGGCUACAACAGCACCGCCUCCACCACCCUCACAGUUUUCGACAAACUACAAAACGUACGCAUAGAUGUGCCCAUGAAAGCUGCUAUAGAAGGUUAUUCCUACACAUUGACGUGCAAUAUGUCCGGACCUGCUGAGCAAGUGUUCUGGAUGAAAAACGGACUCAACCUGACGACGGACAACAGAAUCACACUGUCACUGGAUAACAUCACCAUCACCUUCGACCCUCUGGACCGGAAUGAUUCCGGACUGUACCACUGUUGGGCUAUGAAUCCUGUUGAAAGUAUGGCAAGCCCUCCUCAUUUGCUUCUUGUCAAUUUUGGACCAGAAACACCUAUGGUUUAUGGACCAUCACUGGCCGUGGAGGGGCAAUCUAUAAACUUCACCUGCUCCGCCAUGUCGAUGCCCGACAGCCACUUCUACUGGUUGCACAACGGCUCCAUAGUGGCCAAUAGCUCCAUGUUUGUGUCAAGUGCUGUAUCUUUGGAGAUGAAUGGAGACUACACCUGCAAGGCCAAAAAUCCUGUGACGGGAAUGAACAGCACAAAGUCCCUGACGCUCACGGUCAAUGAGGCCAUCAGGUCGGUGAUGGUGAGCAACGACUCGAUCCCCAUUGACGGCAACAACUUCACGCUCACCUGCGAGGUGGAUGGGCCUUAUGACUCGAUACAGUGGAAGAAGGACGACGUGCUCCUUGGAAUGAACAUGUCCACCGCCAACCACUCUUACUACCACAUGGAGGAAAACAGGCUGCACUUCACCCCGCUGGCGCUCCACAACAACGGCACUUACAAGUGUGUCGCCAGCAACCUGGUUGGUCCUCACCAAAGCCCCGCGUACGAGCUUCUGGUGAACUACGGUCCUCUCAGCGUGGAAAUCUCGGGUCCAGAAUUCGACAGCGAAAAACUCACUUUCUCCAUGAUGUGCGUCGCCGAUUCGUAUCCAGAACCCGAGUUCCAGUGGUUCUUGAAUGACCUACCGUCAUCGGCCAUCGGCAUCGGCAGUAUCAUCCAGAUCUCAGUGUCACUGCUGAUAGAGGCCAACUACACAUGCAAGGCCAUGAACCCUGUGACCAACAUUACCAUGUCAGAGACCAAAACCUUUAGCCUCACUGGUUCCGCGGCUGCCAUUCCUUCCCUAUCCCAAAAAGGCCUUAUGAUCGUGGGUGUUUUUAUCCUAUCUGUCCCACUCCUUUUCCACUGAAUGCUUCCAAGCAAAACCCCAGACUACCUGAAAUUGUUUUGAACUUUGUCGUAAAAAGAAGAUGGGAAAGUAUGUCAUGUAUAAUGGAGGACUCAAAAGUCACAAUUUUGGAGUUCAACACAGAUUUUUUGGAAAAAAUAUGCAAUGUGAUGAUUACCAUAGAACAGGAAAUGGGACAUACUGCAAUAUAGGAAAAGUGUGGCUGCCCAAUACUAAUAUGUGCAAUACAAUUCACGAAAUAUCAACUACAAACACAAAUUCAUGUUAUCAAUCAGAACGUAAACACUCAGCACAACACUUAUUAAUUCAGUACCUAUAGGACACCACUUGGGGACACCUGUUCCUUCUCCAUUUUUUAUCAGAUAUCAUCAAUGGCUGAGUUUUUUUUGCUUUAUUUUAGUUUUAUUAUACAGUGGUUAAUUUAACUUAGAUAUCAACAUAACAGUUAAUAAUGUUAUUGCUUACAGCCUGAAUUAAUCUACUUUACAAUAGAGUAAUCCCUCACAACUUUGUGCUUUGAAUUUUGCGGCUUUGUUCUAUCACGGUUUUUCAAAAGUAUGUUAAUUAAUAAAUCAUGCUGUUUUGAGGUUGAAUGAAAUUAGUAAAAAACAUGCAUAUUUAAGCUAAUUUUAUGUGUUAGUUGGCUAAAUUAAGCAUUUUCAGAUGGCUAAAUUAACUAAAAGAUAAAUAUAAGGCAUUCAGAAAAUGAAGAUUCAGAAGAUUCCAAGAUGCAAUGAUAUGCAGUAUUCUACACUGGUCACGAGGUGUCAGUAAUGCUACUGUGAUGUUCAGCGAGACACACAAGCACCAGACUUGAUCACCGGAACAACAGGCUUUUACUGCAGGUUUGAAUUAUGGCACACUAAUCCCUAAAAAGAACAUGGGCUACUGUUGCUGCCGUAACCCAUGCCUAGCUAAAACUCAACUUUGAAUUACCAACGUCACUUCCUGUCCGCCUUCAACUCAGCUCCUCUGGCACCGUUAUUGUGUUAAUGUGUCUACUACGUAUAUUGGGUAGUACGAGUGUAAAGGUGACUAUAUGCAGGGGUGUCAUGUCUAUAAGGCUCUAACAAUGUGAAAAAGCGUAUUUAGAAGAUCAGGUUUUCUAUGCUCUAACUACGAAAAUAUUGCAUCUGUAAAUAAGGAAUCUACUUCCUGGAAAUUCACUUAUCACAGUCAGGUCUGGAACCAUUUAACUGUGAUAAACAAGGGACAACUGUAUUUCAUUAUAGAAUUUUUUUGGGAAAUGAGAACCAGCAUCAAGCCUUCACCUUUAGAGUUUUAUUAUGUAUGGUAACCAGCUAAUUGUUAGUUGUUGGCAUUUUAACUCUGCAAUGAUGGCACACAGUGUAAAUCAUUUUUUAACACAAUAUGUUGUGAUUAUUGCUGUUACUGCACUGGAAGAUAGUCUAUAGCUUUUUUGAAAACAUGUUUGUAUGAAGGGCACCAACACCAGAUAGGGGGACGAGGUCUACCCAACAAUUUUCCGCCUUUAGAGGUAGUAUCGGAGCCGUAAAAGAAGCCGGGCGCUACCGGUGUGUGAGGGAAUUCCGCUUCUGUAUAAAAAGCACAGGCGGAUAGUUUCCAGAUCUUCUCUUAGGCCUCUGAUGCGAUCCUUUUGCUGGAUCUCUGUGGAAUAAAAAAUUAUUAAAAAUUAUUAAAAUAUCAAUAGUUUUGGCACUUGCUGACAAGCAACUCUUUUAUUACUUGCACUUUUAUUUUUCAGUCAUGUGAGAUGAACUUUUAAUUGUAAUGGAAAUUGAGGAAUUUUUAUCACUCUUUGAUUUGUAGUAUUUAUUUCUUAAUCAAUAAAACCUCAGAGUUUGGCCUUUG